AUGGGAAAUCUGCUAUUUUGGCUGUUAUUUUUCACCCCUGGGUGGGCCCUCCCUGAUGGGUCUGACACGGAAGAGGAGCUCAGGUGGCACUUGAGGAAAGUGCCCCGGAUCGUCAGUGACCAGACCGUCCAGCUGCCCAGCCCCACCUUCCGGGCGGACACGUGGGCGGCGGUGUCUAGGGCGUGUGACCUUGCGCACCAGCAGGAGGUCGGGGCUCGCAGCCUCUCCGAGCUGGAGGAUCACCUGUCCUACGAGACGGUCUUUGAGAACGGCACCCGGACCUUGACCAGGGUGAAGGUCGAGGGCCUGGUCCCGGAGGGGACUCGGAACGCCAGCAGCGGGCGCGCGCCGGCCCGGAGGCGGCGGCAGGUGUUCGGGACCGACAGCAGGUUCAGCAUCGUGGACAGAAGGUUCUCGACCAGCUUCCCCUUCGGCAGCGCCGUGAAGCUGUCCACGGGCUGCAGCGGCAUCCUGGUGUCCCCCCAGCACGUGCUGACGGCGGCCCACUGCGUGCACGACGGGCAGGACUACGUCCGCGGGGGCCGAAGGCUCCGGGUCGGGGUGCUCAGGGAGAGGGCCCGGGGCGCCGGCAAGAGGCGUCGGGGUCCCCGCAGGGACGGCCAGCUCGUCUACCGGUUCUGCAGCGUGUCCGACGCGGCCGGCGACCUCCUCUACCAAUACUGCGACGCCGAGGCGGGCUCGGCGGGCGCCGGCGUCUACCUGCGCCUGCGCGACCCGGACGGGAAGACCUGGCGGCGCAAAGUCAUCGCCGUGUACUCGGGCCACCAGCAGGUGCGCGUGCGCGGCGUCCCCCGGGACUACAACGUGGCGGUGCGCAUCACCCCCGUCAAGUUCGCGCAGAUCUGCCGCUGGGUGCACGGGGACGACGCCCGCUGCGCCUACGGCUGA